AGGACGAGUCAGACUUAGACUUCUCCAAGGAGACAUCCCUUGAGAACACUGAGUGAGCAUCAUGUUCAGGCCUUUGUUCGUACUCUCAUCGCUGGCGAUCUGCGUUCUUGCGCAGGACAACGAUGCCAAACCGGAACCCUACCAGUUCAAUUACUCCUCGCAAGAUAAGGAGGGAUCAUCCAGCCACGAGGAAUCUGGAGACGGGAGCGGUAGAGUUCAGGGGAGUUACAGCCUCCAGUUAGCGGACGGACGCAUGCGAACUGUAACGUACUGGGCUGAUGAGAGUGGUUUCCAUGCCGAUGUGAUCACUAAUGAGCAAGGAACUGAGUCGAAGAAUCCGGCCGACGUGACGAUACAAUCCUCCGCUCCCACCGGUGCUGAAGCUGCUGCUGGAUCGGAAAUGAUCGCAACCAUCGUGAAAGCACCACAAGGAUUCCGGCCGGUGCAUUCUCGCUGAAUUCUUGCGACCCCGGGGAACGAGCCCUAAUAAUGAUAAGUUGCUGCCUCAAGUGAAAGAUUCGAGUCAGAUUCGGUGACAUGAGCAUCAACAGUGUCGGUCAG